AUGACGGAUGGAGUCAUUGGGGAUUUUCGGCAGCAAGGUCAUAAUUGUUGCAGCGAUGAUGUAAAUUAUGUCAGUUGCAAAUCCUACAUUUGCCAACUGCAGUCAUCUGAAUUGAUUCUGGCAGUUCGUCAAGCUGGCGGCCCUUCAGGAUGCGGCUUGUGCGCCCUCGCUAGCACCGCGAGCAACUCGCCACGUCGCUACACUUACAGGGUUUAUAACUUGGUAGUUGUGAUUAUGAAUGGGGUGAAAUCAUUGUGGAUGCGUAAGAUUGGCUAUGUGCCAAAGUAUGGUUAUUCUGGGCGGGCGGCGCGCGCGCACCACCAGUCGUUCGCGUAUCGCCGCGUGUCCGCCUUCGCUGGUACAUAA